UGGAGUCGUGAGGAGCGGAGGACAUGGACGCUCAUCAUAGACCACCGAGGUACUACCAGAGACAAAACCACAACUACUACAGCCAAUACCAGCCCCAACCUACUUACACAGAGUGCUCCUCAUGGACUCCCUGGCAUGACCCUAGGACAGCCACCCCCCUGGGCAUGUACCACCCGAGGGGAGGGCCCGGCAAGAGGCGGUGGUGCAGUGUGCUCGCUGCUGUCCUAGUCUUUGUCAUCAUAUUGGCUGUGAUGGUCAUCGCUGGGCUGGCCAUCUACAUGGGAGCACUGAAGCUGGAGGUGUCCCAAAUUUUGGUGCUUGACGGCAGCUUCAGGGUGGUGGGCGGUGAUACGUACAACAUUUCUCUGAUCGACCAUUCAAGUCCACUCUUCCAGAGAAAAUCUCAGAUCUACAAAUCAAUGAUAGAGAGCAUAUUCAGAAGAACUGAAUUCAGCUCUGCUAUAAAACAGUGCAACAUUCUGGGCUUCAAGAAUGGAAGUGUAAUUGUAUUUUUCAGACUCAUUCUGGACAGGCGGAAAAUACCUCGGAAACCCACCCCAGUAGAAGAGCAAAUUAAAGCAAUUCUGUUGCAAAGACUCCCAGUGGCAUCUCCUCUAAAGAACUUCAAAGUGGACAAGUCACAAGUAUUUCUAAAACGAGUAGGAGAAAAUGCAAGUCAAUCUCAGAUGCUGGGUGACCUAGAAAACAAAAAUCUAAGUCUAGAAAUACACAACGGACUCUUAAGAAAAAGUCCUCCAAAAAUAAUAACUUCACACUACACAAACCCUCCUGUUAGUCAACCGCAAAUACCAAAGACAACAUCCACAACCGAAGGGGUAAUUGGCGGUUCAUUCAAACUGUCUGAGCCUGAUCAAACGACAAAAUCAUCGCAAACAACUCAGAAAUCUUCUAGUCAAGAAUAUCAAACAAGCCAAACUAUUAAUAAAAAUUCUAGAAAUAAUGUAACAUCAUCGAUUGAUUUUUAUCAACAUAGUCCAGCACUGCACGCCUUGCUGAAGCACAAAGCUAGAGUAGAAUCAACUUCGACAGCCAUUCCUGAAAUAAUAGAGCCAACUUUGGGUCAGGAUGAAACCGAUCUCAUAACUUUACUGCCUUACAUAUUCCAAGGGGUGGAAGAACCGUGGAAACCCGUCCUGCCUGAGAACUUCACGAGAUAUCCAGAGAGAAGGCCACUUGUGACUGAAGACUACAGUUCAGGAGGCGUCGGAGUGGUUGAAGUGGUUUUGGAUCCUGAUGACCUUGCGUCGUCCAUCCCUUCCAAACCAAAUCUUGUAAAAGAGGAAAGUACACAAAAACAGUAUUUAAACCUGGCUAACCCAAUAAGUAGUUCCAGUUUGUCUUCUCCCAUAAGACCAGUGAGCAGCAUCGGUAAGGAAACAUUCGGUCCACGGUCAGACAACAAAGUGUCAUUUGUUUUAAACACAGAGGAUGAGAACAACGAGAAAAACCACUAUGAACAAUUUCGUAAUAUUUUUAUCAAGCAUAAGGAUGGCAGUGAACCAAGAGAAAAUGUUUCACCCUCGAGUGGAAUACUUCCUGAUCUCCCGAUAAUUCAGCAAUUUCAUAAUUUGGAUGCACUGCUAAGAUCCUACAGUUUGAAAUCAUUGAAUUCCAAAACAGAUGAUGUCCCAGUGACACUGUUACCUGCCCGAUCCAACUUGGAUAUGAAAAAACAAAUACGCCCUCGCCCUUCACCGACCUCAUCUUCGGAGAUAGGUGAUAGACUAAUUGAAGUAAUACAAGACAUGCCAAAAAUCAUACACCGUAAAUUAGCAGUAAAGGUUAACUCUGGAUCAGUUGAUGAAAACUCAAACACAAAUGUUUCAACAAGCACUGAACAAAUUGACGAAGAAACCGACACAACGGUAUUUGAAAAAACCGCCAUUGAAAUCGAUACUGAGGCUUCAACAGCAAUGGAAAGGGAGGUGAACAUAAAAGAACAAUACAAGAUAUCUAGUAACACUGAACCCUCCGAAGACUCUGAGACCAGUACACAGCCUGAAGAUCUGACGUACAUUCAACUUGCAAAUCCAAGCACAGAACAUUUGGAGACUGUGUCACUGUAUCAAAACAAUCCUAAAGAAACUAAUCCUUCAGGCAGUUUACACCAUGAAAAAUAUGUUAAAAUAGAAUCAAACCCUACAGAAAUGACUUUUAGAAAUAAUCGUCAGUCAAAAAUGUCUCCAACAUUCCUGAUUGGUGGAGUUCCCUUAAAGAUAGAUUUGAAAGGAAACAUUGAUGAAGUCUCUGUUGAUGGAAAAAUAAAUGAAGAUAGAAACAAUUCAAAAGUUAUCUCCCAUAGUCAAGAAGGCAUUGUAAAAUUGAAGGAUGUAAAAAUCCAAGAUGUUCUUGAAAAAAUUAUUUACAAUCUCACAUCACCAGAUAGUGCGGAUCUUGUGGACUCUUCUUUAGAGCAAGAUCUUAAAAUUACCGACUUUCAAAACCAAAAUCUUAGUGAAAAUGAUGACCCCAGUAUUGCACUGAAUAGGAAGUUUGGCCAAAAUACAGCAGAUAGUAAAAAUAAUUUGUUCAAAAAUUCAUCUCUUGUAGAUAUGAAACCAGAUUUAAUUUUUUACUACUUGAAACACCAGAAUAAAAGUUCACUGAAUUCUCAAGGAUUGGGUUUAUCAAAUAGCUAUGUGAAAAAUGGAAACAGUGAAGCGUCCAACAAAACUUCGCCAAACUACAAAUUGAACAAGGAUGGUUUCCUGAUGUUAACAAAGGUGUACAACAAGGCAUCUAGUUCUCCAACCAAUAAUGAACUUACAAAAUCAAACAGCACAAGGAAUCAAACUGUGGAAUGUACUGGAAACACAAAGAUGAGAUGUGGUAGUGGAGAAUGUAUCAGUUCUCUAUCAAGAUGCAAUCAUCUGGUUGACUGUGCCGAUGGAACUGAUGAGAAAAACUGUUCCUGCGCAGACUUCUUACGAGCUCAAUACUUGACGAGAAAAAUAUGCGACGGUGUUGUAGAUUGCUGGGAUUUCUCUGACGAAAACAAUUGUGAUUGGUGUACGAGUGGUCAGUACGUCUGCAGCAACUCUCGGGUCUGUAUUGAUCAGGAGCGAGUGUGCAACGGACAUCCGGAUUGUCCUAACGGAGACGAUGAGAAGAACUGCGUGUCCAUCGCCCCGGAUAUAUCUCAGGCUGACAACAUUAAGUAUCACACCUCAGGAACCCUGAUGAUCAGGAAAGAAGGUCAGUGGGGCAAACUGUGCACCCAGAACUUUGAUGAUUUAAACUCAAUUUUCAAAUCGCGAUGGACGCUGGAAGAUUUGGGUCGUGUUGUGUGCAAGACAAUGACAUUCAGAACUUUUGAGGGCAUAGAACAUAUCAAUGACACAACCACUGAGGGAGUUCAUGCAAACAAAUUCUACGAACUGACAUACUCCAAAGAUUCAGCUGCAAUCCAGUCCAGGUUAGGCCUAACAUUUGGAAACACAACCUGUUCUCAAAGGAAGGUGGUUCACGUGUCUUGUGGCAGUCUGGAAUGUGGAGUUAGACCACAGGCCCACAGACCAUGGGAGAGAUCCAAGAGAGGAGGGUCCCGCCACUCCAGGAUUGUAGGUGGGGGUAACGCUGGCCCUGGGUCGUGGCCUUGGCUGGCCGCCCUGUACAAGGAAGGAGAGUUCCAGUGCGGCGCAACGCUCAUCUCAGACCGCUGGCUGCUCAGCGCCGGCCACUGCUUCUACCAUGCGCUUGACGACCACUGGGUGGCUCGGCUAGGAGCGCUACGCAGAGGUACCAACCUCCCCUCACCAUACGAGCAGCUUAGAGUUGUGUCUCGUAUCUUGCUACACCCUCACUACGUGGACGCUGGCUUCAUCAACGACAUCUCUCUGCUGCAGCUGCGCGAGCCAGUCACGCUAACUGACUACGUUCGCCCAAUCUGUCUGCCGCAACCUAACGUAGCCCCGAGCGACGGCACCAUGUGCACCGUCAUCGGAUGGGGACAGCUAUUUGAAGUCGGCCGGAUUUUCCCGGACACACUACAAGAGGUCCAGUUGCCGGUGAUAUCUACGUCGGAAUGUCGCAAGCGGACGUUGUUCUUGCCUCUGUACAAAGUGACGGAGAAUAUGUUCUGUGCUGGUUAUGAUCGUGGAGGAAGAGACGCGUGUUUGGGAGACUCUGGUGGGCCGCUCAUGUGUCAGGAGAACGAUGGUCAUUGGUCUUUGAUGGGAGUGACGAGCAACGGAUACGGCUGUGCUAGAGCAAACAGGCCUGGAGUGUAUACCAAGGUGGCCAACUACAUUUCAUGGGUCCACUCCAGCAUGUCAGCAGACGAUGCAUUGACUCCUCGGCGCAACACCACCUGCCACGGACACCGCUGUCCCCUCGGAGAGUGUUUGCCUUCCGCUCGGAUCUGCAAUGGCUUCAUGGAGUGCAGUGACGGCAGCGAUGAAAAAGACUGCUGGUGAAACAUGCUCAAUUCUGAAUUGUCUCGAUUGUAAGAUAAACUUGUGCUGUGUAACUGAAUUUCAGUGACUGUAGGUAGAUCAUAGAUAGAACAAUCCCAUUCUAAUGAGUUAAACUGAGCCAACGACGUAUGAAUUGUAGAGUGUUGAUGUCAACUUGUUACUGUAAGAUUUUGUCAUCCACACAAAAACUACAAGGAUGAUUUCUUGUACACUAUAUCAGCUUUAAAAUGUCACAUAACUUAUCAUAGUCUCAAAAACUAUGGUAGAAAAUAUAAUUUCGACAAUAGCACAUUAUGUGAGUGGCUCAUUAAACUAUGUUGAAUUUGGAUGAAAAAUUAGCUGCAGCUGGACAACAUAGACGAGAUAUCUAUCUACUUCAGUAUUCGAAAAUCAAUGAUUGCAUUAACUUAUGUAGUGUGAGUGAAGAAAAAUGAUUGUAACAUCCAAAUGAUUCAUUGUAUUUUUUAAAUGAUAUCUUAUAGUUUUUGUGAUAUAUCGUACAAAUUUAUUUGGGAAACCCCUGAUUCUGCUUUGUAAAAUGCUGCAUUCAUACAUGUUUUACAUUACUGUCGUUACUGAGGUCUUCCGGUGCCACAUUUGGUUAACAUGAAAUAGUUUUUUGUACAGAAUUUAAAAAUGUUUUCAACAUUUUGAAUGUAUGGGAAAAUGUAAAAUAUUAUCAACAGAAACUAGGCUAUUCUGAAUCAGAACAUGGAGCCUAAGACUAUUUUCAAACAUUUGUUUUCCUUUCUCAGGUACAUAGUGGUUUAGGGGAGGGGAACAUUUUGGCCUUGGGUUCACAACUGUUGGAAAAUACAUAAACCAACCCCGUUUGAGAAAGUAUUGGUUUUUGUAUUUUUCUCAAAAUGUUAAUGAAUUAAAUUAAAAUCUUUCUUUGUUUGUUAAUUUUUGUCCGAUAACUUACUCAGGAAAUCGGAAAUAUUAUAAA